AUGGAGGUCACGCCGAAAGCAGCGAGCAAAGUCAGAAGUGUUUAUUCCACACCUGAGAACACCGCGGAGGACGGCAGCCCGAGUGGGACAAGCGCAAACAAGUCCCAGCACAAGCUCAGCGCAUCUUUGCGGGAGAGACUGAUAAGAUCCAGGCGCAGUUUCACCUCUCCCUUCUCUGUGGCCAAACGCUUGUGUGUGGAUGAGGAGGAGGAAGGAGGCCGACACGUCCCAGCAGCUACAGCAGCUACAGUAGCAACAGUAGCAACAGUAGCAACAGCAGGGACAGCAGGGACAGCAGAGACAGCAGGGACAGCAGCAGACAACAACAUUCCAGCGAUCAGGAACAACGUGGACUUGAACAGAAAUGAGCUGGGAUCAAGUAUCGCUGGACCUGCACCAGAGCCAUGUCUGGACUUGACUCAACAACUGGAGCAGCUCAAGAGGGAGGUGAAAGACAAGACCGAGACCCUGCGGAGACUGAAGAUGGUGAAGAUGUAUAGAAGCAAGAAUAAUCUGACGCAGCUUCAGGCAUUGAUCGACAAGUGGCGGAGCUGUGCCCAGGCGUCGCUCUAUGAACUACAGUCAGACGCCACACGAGACGGGAAGAAAGCCAGUCUAUCUGAGCUCAUCGACCUGUUCGGUUUGGAGGACGGUAUUCUGCACUUUGACCGAGCGGAGGACGACUUCACAACAUGA